AUGACCAGAUCAUCUAAGGGUGACCUAAUUGAUUUAUAUCCAGAAAUUGAUAGAACCCUUAGGCGACAAGCAAGAGAACUUAGAUCUCAAGAUAGGGCAGUGACUAAUAGUGUCUUUCCCAUUGUUUCUGAUACUGUGUUUGAGUUCCAACCUAAACUGAUCAAUAUGGCCGCCAAUGAAAACAAUGGCAAUGAGAAUAGGAAUAAUGGGAAUAAUGCUAACAGAACUAUUAGAGAAUUAGCUGCCCCUGAUGUGCAUUAUCAACCCUUGUGCAUUCAGUAUCCUCAAUUGGAGGCAAACUUUGAACUGAAAUCUGGAUUGAUACAUUUGCUUCCCAAGUUUCAUGCUCUUGCAGGUGAAGAUCCACACAAGCAUCUGAAGGAGUUUCAUGUGGUAUGCUCCACCAUGAGGCCGCCAGGGGUUGAUGAAGAACAAAUAAAGCUAAGGGCAUUCCCUUUCUCUCUUGAUAGAGCUGCCAAAGACUGGCUGUAUUACUUGCCACCUGCUGCCAUUACCAAUUGGGAUGGCCUGAGGAGAAUAUUUCUGAAGAAGUUCUUCCCUGCUUCUAGAACAGCAGCUAUCCGGAAGGACAUUUGUGGCAUCCGACAAAUAGAUGGAGAAAGCUUGCAUGAGUAUUGGGAGAGAUUCAAGAAGUUGUAUUUAGUGGAUGCUGCAUAUGGAGGAGCCUUAGUGGAAAAGACACCAGCUGCAGCCCGGGACUUAAUUUCAAAGAUGGCUCAAAAUGCACAACAAUUUGGUACCAGGUUGAACACUCCCAUGAAGACUGUCAAUGAGGUUGGUUUUGCUGCACCUAUGGACCAAAGGAGAAUAGAAAAUAGGCUGGAGGAACUCACUUCAACGGUUCGCCAGUUAGCCCUUGAUCAAAACCAGCCCCAGAUAACACAGAAUCAUGCAAUGGAAUCUUCCCUGGAAGACCGUUUCAGCACCAGCCACAACAGAAGGUUCAAUGCAUCAGGUCAAAGUAAUGCCACACCAAUGAAGCAACAAGCACAGACAUUACCCAAGACAGAACCAAGCUUGAAUGACAUAGUGCAGCAAUUGGCUGCCAAUACUCUCAAAUUCCAACAACGGACUGACACCACCAUACAGAAUUUGGAGACACAGAUUGGGCAGUUAGCAACUAACAUAAAUGAGCUAAGGAGUCAAGGUUCAGGUCAGCUACCUUCACAGCUAAUAUCCAAUCAAAAGGGAAAUGUGAGUGCGAUCAUGCUGCGUAGUGGUAAAGAAGUGAAUGCUCUAGAGAAGGCACAAGAAGAAACUGGUAGAAAAGAAGAGUCGCAGCCCCUCUCAAUUCAAAGGGCCAAGCAGCACAUCAAUAAUGAUUAG